UGAGAGACAACUUGAGGUCCCAGAACUUUCCUGUACUCGUGACAAUCUCUUAAAGUUUCCUUAUCCUUGCUGUGUAAUUUAUGCCAAUUUUUCCCGACUUCAAACGCUGGAUAUUACCGCGAUCUGCCACCUGCCUCAGUGAUGAAGAAGGAGGAGGCGGUGUCGCAUGAGGUUGGAGAGGCAGAUGGUGCAGCCGGAGAAGCGUCGCCGCCGCUGAGCUGCACAGGUGCUUGUUGUCAUGGAGGAGCAAAGAUGGCGGUCCUGGCCUAUAGCCUGGGCAAACGCGAAAUAAAUCAGCAUUUUACCAUUAAAAAUGCCAAAUUGAUAUCGCUGGUGCUUGUUAUUCUACUCCUCGUGUUCCACACAGCUUCUCGGUACCAUGGAGGCGGAGACUCAUGUGAAUGGCUGCUUUCCAGAGGACGUUACUUGGGGGAGAAUGUAUGGCAGCCUUAUGGCUGCAUGAUGCACAAAUACAAAAGCACUGAAGCCAAAACCUGCCUAGCUGAAAAGAGGGUGGCCUUUCUCGGCGAUUCAAGAAUAAGGCAGCUAUUCUACUCCUUUGUCAAAAUUAUUGAUCCAGAGCGAAGAGAAGAUGGAGUCAAGCAUGAGGACAUUUCCUUUGAAGACGAGACUUCCUCUGUUAAUGUGGACUUCCUGUGGUAUCCAGAGGCGAAUAAUUCAAUGAAAGAGCGCUUGAUAGCAUGGACACACGAAGCUUCAGUAAGGCCGGAUGUUGUUGUCGCUGGAGCUGCCACGUGGUCAAUCAAGUUGCACAGUGGCAGCAGCGAGGCUCUGCAGCAGUACAGAGCCAACCUGACAGGCAUCUCUGUGCACCUGGCAAAGCUGGCUGAGCGUGGAGAGGUCUACUGGGUCCUGCAAGACCCAGUAAAUGAAGAGGUGUUGAGUGACAACAGGAAAAUGAUCACCAACCAGCAGCUGGAUCUUUACAAUGACGUGGCAGAGGACAUUCUACACAGUGGGUCCCGGGUAAAAAUGUUUGCCGCGUCCCGCCAGGCUGCACUGGAAACAAUCAACCAAUCAGACGAUGGCUUGCACCUACCUGAGGGCACCAGGAAUGUGGGAGCUAUGGUCCUCAUGAACUCUGUGUGCAACAAAAUAAUGCGGCCCAUAGACGGCUCCUGCUGCCAGACACUCCCAUCCCCAAACUUCCUCCAGAAGCUGUCGGCAUUUUUCUUUCUGGGCUCGGCCCUGGUCUUCUUGGUCCUCCAUAUCCUCGGCAACAACCGUCACCGCAGACCUGUCCCCCCAGACGUAGAAAGCCUUGAAGAGAAGAAGCCAGCGACAGCAGCUGUGCCCCUGGGCCCCAAGGCACCCUUCAAGGCCCUGUGCAGGAUGGGCAUCAUCAUGGCCUAUUUUUACCUCUGCGAUCGAGCAGAUGUGUUCAUGAAGGAGCAGAAGUUUUACACACACUCAACAUUCUUCAUACCUCUCAUCUAUAUAUUUGUCCUGGGAAUUUUCUACAAUGAGAACAGCAAGGAGACCAAAUUACUCAACCGAGAGCAGACAGAUGAGUGGAAAGGCUGGAUGCAGUUGGUUAUCCUCAUUUAUCAUGUAUCAGGAGCUAGUGCUUUUAUUCCAGUGUACAUGCAUGUACGCGUGCUGGUUGCUGCAUACCUCUUUCAGACGGGCUAUGGACACUUUUCAUUCUUCUGGCUCAAAGGAGACUUUGGACUCUACAGGGUUUGCCAGGUGCUUUUCCGCCUGAACUUCCUGGUCCUGGUGCUGUGCGUUGUCAUGGACAGACCUUAUCAGUUUUAUUACUUUGUCCCGCUGGUCACCUUCUGGUUUGUUGUCAUUUACGCCACAUUGGCCAUGUGGCCUCAGAUCCUGCAGAAGAAAGCAAACAAUAGUGGCAUGUGGCAUCUCGGGGUGUUGACAAAGUUGUUGUGCCUCCUGCUGUUCAUCUGCUUCUUUGCCUUCUCACAGGGCGUCUUUGAGAGUGUUUUCUCUGUGUGGCCCAUCUCCAAGCUCUUUGAGCUGAACGGGAGCAUCCAUGAGUGGUGGUUCAGGUGGAAGCUGGACCGAUUUGCAGUGAUCCAUGGCAUGUUAUUCGCCUUCAUCUAUCUGGUACUACAGAAACGCCAGGUGCUGUCAGAGGGCAAAGGCGAGGCUCUCUUCUCUACCAAGAUUUCCAACGCGCUCCUCUUCCUCUCUGUCGUCUUCUUCAUAACUUACUCAAUAUGGGCAAGCAGCUGUAAAACCAAAACAGAGUGCAACGAGAUGCAUCCUUACAUCUCUGUGGUCCAGAUUUUGGCCUUCAUUCUCAUCAGGAAUAUUCCUGGCUACGCCCGCUCUAUUUACAGUUCAUUCUUUGCAUGGUUUGGCAAGAUAUCCUUGGAGCUGUUCAUAUGUCAGUACCACAUCUGGCUGGCUGCAGACACCAAGGGAAUUUUAGUCCUUAUCCCAGGAAAUCCUUCACUCAACAUCAUGGUCAGCACCUUCAUCUUUGUGUGCGUGGCUCACGAGAUCUCCCUCAUCACUAACGACCUGGCCCAGGUGGUCAUCCCAAAAGACAGCGUGGCCCUGCUGAAGAGGCUGGGGAUCAUGGGGCUCUGCAGCCUGGUUGUACUGCUGCUUGCCAGAGGCAGCCAGCCCACACCUGGAGCCUGAUGGACACCUCUUUAUAUGGGUGGGCGGGGGACAACAGCAGACUUGUCAAGCCCCAGCUGAGUUCCAGACCAGAUCAAACCAGGAGCAGAGCCUGCGUUUUGACGAACCAGUGGCUACAGGAGAUAUCCUGUUGUAAUCAGGAAGAACAGUGUCUCUCUGACAGCCACGCUCGAGUCUUUACUGUUUGACUGCUGUGAAAGUCGCACACUGAAGAAAAUAAAAAUGCUAGAACAAAGACUGAGGCUGCCCCUUUCAGGGCACAUCAAGAGAGGGAAAAAAAGAAAAACGUUUACAUCCUGUGGAUUUGAUAGAAAGCAAAGAAAAAUUUCAACAUUUUAUACAAAAGAGAUCCUCAUUUUAAGACCACAUGCUUGCUGUGUGAAUUUUUGCCUCUAUUUAGCCAAACACACUAACAAAAAGUUUAUUUUGUGUCAUACUAUACUUUCUGUUAACCUGGGAGGGAUCACUAGGCACACUCUCCGUCCACGUGGCAGAAGCAACUGAAGGCGUUCUCACUCAGGUGGAUCCAUACACCACAUAUUCAGAUAUCUACAGGAAAGUGUGCUGUUUAUUAUCAGCAUCUAUUCUGCAUUUCUGAUGACUUUAAAAGAUAUCUAAAUAUGCUCAGUAUGGACCAACAACUGGGCAAAAAAAAAUACUAAGUUGAGUGCAAUUGUUGGAAAGGUGGAUUCUUCCUCAACACAUUUUCACUAAUGUUUUUGUGAGUAAAUUUCAAAAUGUUUGCCUUGUGCUGAAAGGUACUGUGGUCCCUGCUGUAGCUCUGAAGUUCUAUGUGAUAUGUACAGUAUUUAAUGAUUUAAAUUAAGCUUAUAUUUUAUACUUUUUUUUGGCUUUGUUUUGUACAUUGAGCUCAUGACUGCUGUCUGUGAAGGAAGCAUUGCGUAGUUUUGUACCCAUCCCAGCAUCUUAUAGAUGACGACCUGCCUCAGAGACACAUUAGAGGUUGAGCAUUUACAGUUCGACCUGUCUGUCCUUUUAGCUCACUUCAUAGUGUAUGUAUAUUUGUAUGAUAGAGUGCAAGACUUUAUUUUAUACAGCGAUUGCUUCCGCAGUGUUUUUUAAUCCUCUGACUCUCCUUUGCCAUUAAAAAACACAUGCCUCACAGCUCUGAUGGAAAACGCACACAUUCUCUUACAAUAGGACUAACAGCAGCAGUUACUAGAGUCAGUGAAGCUAUCAUUCUCUGAGUGGGUGAGUGAAAAUGUGAUUUAACUGUAUGCCUUUGGCUGUCACACACGGUACAGUUUCAGAUUUACCUGGUCAUGUCUGUGAUGUAGACGUGGAUCACAGUCUUCUGUUUGCCAUCAGAGCCACAUCAGUGUUUAAAAUAAUGCACUGACUGACCUGAAGAAACAUAUUACAGUUACUUUAAGGAAAAUAUUGUACAUUUUGUCAGUUGGCUAAAGGACGAUGUGUAUUUUGCCUAAAUAUUCUCACAGACGUUCAAGAGAGAUUAGCACUUUUACUUGUAAGACUUUUGUUUCCUUUUUUCUUUGCAGUGAUAUGUUUAACAAGAACCCGGUGCAGAAAAUGUCUGCACUAUGGCACAUUUUUAAUUAUAUGAAAAUAUUUCUUUUGUCAAACUCAUUUAGCAUUCACAGUAAAGUAUGACUCUCAAAAUCUGGAUCAUAUAAAUUUGUGUUGCAUAUUGCAUCUACUGCUGGGUUGAGAAGAUUGCAAUGUCAGUGGAUUUGUACAAAUUUAUGUAAGUUUUUUAGAAAAAAAAAAAAAAAGAACUUGGGUCCCUAAAGAAGGUUUUCCUUGAAGUGGAAAAUGUUGUCUUUAGCUUUUCUUGCCUACUGAUGUGUGAAUGUUUUCAAACUGAGCGGGAGCAAGUAAAUUUUUAAAUCCCUAACCAAUCAUCACCUCAUAUUAUAAAUGAGAGACACUUCUUUUGACAUGACUUGUUUCUUCAUGUGUAACUGCUAACAGCUAUCAAUUUGGUAAUUUUAAGGCCUUAAUGAGUCUUUUUGGUCAUGUAAAAGCAACAACUAUUUAUACCCCUGUGCAGGGCCUAUUUGAAAUAUGUUACCUGUAAAUCUUUUUGUGAUGUCUUAAAAAUGUGAAAUGUAUCCAUAUUAUUUAUAAAUGCCUUUAUUCUGUUGUACAUUGUUAA